UGCUAAUGAGCAGCCCAGGAAGUGAGGGCCAACAUGGCGGCCGUCGCCAGGGUUUUGCCUUAGCGACUGUUCAAAUAUUCGUCUUUGUCACCUCUGUCUUUUAUUCCUGGCCUUUAAAAUGGUCACGCAAUGUAGAUUGUAACUUUGGUUUCGCAGACGUGGCAUAAAAAGUGCGAAAUAUUUCUAAUUUUUGUAGAAAAUGUGAGUAUAAUGUAAGUAUUUGUCCUGAAAAUUAUAGAAUUUCCGUCCAGUGUUUUAGUGCCAAGUUUUGACCCCUGAGAUUUAAGCGAGAAAACGUCUCCAAGAUGCCGCCAAAAAGUCCGAAAGGAGGACGAAAGUCCCCGAAAGGAGAGAAGGGGAAGAAAGGAAAGAAGGGAAAGAAGAAGGGAAAAGAAGAGGAGAAACCAGAACCAAAGAUAAUCAAGAAAGACAUAGCAAUUCAGGCGCCAACGCCAGACAUUGCAGCGUUACUGGAGGCGCCGACACCCACCAUGUUGCACGAAAAGCUGGUCCAGUGGGUGUUUGGCGAGCUACGCGACCGUCCGGCGGAGUUACGUGACCGUUUACUGUUCCUGGACCUGGGGCAGCACGGGUUGGAGGGGUUACCGGACAGGCUCUGGGAGUUAACAGACCUGGAAGAGCUGCAUCUGGAGAAAAACCACCUCAAGGAACUUCCAGACAACAUCAAGCUCUUAAAAAACCUGACCACCCUGUAUCUCCAUGGUAACGACCUGGAAACACUUCCCCCCGAGGUCGGGCAGCUAGGUCAUCUGGAGAGUCUGGAUGUCAGCAAUAACCCUGAGUUCAAGAUUCCUCUCGAGCACCUGUUACAGCUGCGGCAGCUGAAGGUGCUGCGGCUGCACAACCUGCACCUGGGACAGGUGCCUGAAGACAUCCUGAAAUGGCUUCUCAACCUGGAGAUCCUAGGUCUGAAUGGAAACCAGCUUGUUGAUCUCCCCAUAUACACCGUCCGACUGAACAAACUAAAGGAGCUCCACCUCCGUAACAACAACUUCUCCACCCUCCCCGUCCACGUGUGUUCCCUCUCCGCGCUAACGACCCUCGACCUUGAGGGCAACAAGCUACACGACCUUCCCAACGAGAUCGUCCAGUUGGUCAACCUCCAAGAGGUGUAUCUACAGAACAACUUCUUCCACCACCUUCCCGUGCAGCUCUGCGCGCUCGGAAACAUCGCGGUCCUCGAACUUCACGGGAACCACGUGAAGGAGAUCCCUCCCGACAUCUGCCGCCUCGCCAAGCUACGCGAGGUCAACUUCAGCAACAACAAGAUCGAGAAACUCCCGAAGGAAGUCGGCGCGCUGGUCAACCUCGAGGUGUUGUACGCCAAGAGCAACUUCUUGAAGUCGCUGCCGAAAGCGUUUGGGCGUCUCCAGAGGUUGCGGUUUGUCGACUUUGCACAGAACCGGUUUGAGGAGAUGCCGGUGUCCCUUUGCAUGCUGGGUAAUCUGGCGGUCCUGGCGAUGGACGAUAACAACUUGUACCACAUCCCGAAAGAGGUGGCCAACUUGAGAAAGCUGAAGGAGUUGGGGUUGAGCGGAAACGUCUUCGAGAAGUUCCCAGAAGCUAUCUGCAACCUACCAAGCUUGGAGAAGCUCUUCCUUGGACAGGACCAUGGCCAGCAGUUGACCUCCGUGCCCAGCACCAUCAGUAAGCUGACAUCAUUACAGGACCUGUGUCUGGAGUACAACGCACUGACGACGCUACCAGACUCCAUCAGUCAGCUUCCGGCGCUGUCGCGUCUGUCAUGCCACGAUAACUACCUACAGAAGCUGCCAGAUUCCAUAUGUGAACUGAAAG